UGACGCUAUGCGCUGGGUAGCUGCCGCUAUCAGGUGGAACGGCGGCGACGACGAUGAAAGCAGCCAGGACCGAUGGACAAAGACAUAUGUUACAAAGUCUACGAAGCCAGAACCUGCGAAACAAGCGAUUGAGCCAAUCGGUCAAGUACCGACUGGCACAUCAAAUCCCAGCCUGACGAAACGAUUCCCCCAGCCAUCCGGUUCCAAUGCUACUUCGGCAAAGUCUCCUUUGAGCACCCGAGUGUCGGAGCAUAUUGCUUCUGUCACUUCCGCAUAUUCCACCCCGAAGACGAGAGCGAGCUUAGACCAUUCCACCAUCACUGACACCCACGCAGAGCAGGGCAUCCUACCCAGCCCCCAUGGCUCGGAACUGGCUAAAGUUUACGGCUCUGUCCUCCAGCCGAAGGAAACGCUGGCGUCCUUCCGGUGUGGCAUAUGUUCUACUAUCUUCCCUCCGGAUGCAACCAUAUAUCCUGACCCUUCUUCCAUGAGCUCUGCCGAGCUAGACGGCUUGCCUAGCAGUAGCGGUACUCGCUUUCUGUGUCGACUGUGCUUCGUCGAAAACGGCGGCUCGAAGGGGAAGUGCGCGACCUGCCGCAAACCGGUCCUUAUCCUGAAAUCGGAAGGCGGCUUUGUCGAAACAAGCGGUCAUGUCUGGCACAAGAAAUGUUUCAACUGCGAAGGCUGCGAGAAGAAUCUUGGUGCACGGCCCAUGGUAGACUUGCUUGGGCGACCGUGCUGCUCGGAGUGUUUCGACACUUGCUUGAAGCGUCCGCCGAAAGGCAUAGACUCUCCCGGACGCUUUGCCACCCCAGAGAGAGGCAAGCCCGGUAGCCUUGGAGGAAAUCGCAUGGAUCGAGACCAAGAUAGAGAAACAGAAGGUAGCCCUACGCUCGAUGAGCUCGAAACUCGGCUCGGAAUUUUGAAGAGCAGGCAGAGCGCGCCCACUGCCGUCCGUGAAGUCGGCAAGCUCAAUUUUGAAGAACACAUGAGCCCUUUCGCGUCACUCCAUAAAGAUCCCACCAACCGUUAUUCAACUCCUACUAGUCCCCCUUCCGUCACUCGCGACCUAGAUACUCGAACAUCUAGGGGAGAAACACCGCCCUUUGAACGUAUCCGCAAGGACUCCGAUGUUAGCAGCGAUUUUGGAGACAGACCAAGUCCUCGACGUCACGCGCGCGCUUCCUUGGCCGACAACGGUCCUGCCGCACGUACAAGGACCCGUCGUAGCCGAAGUCGUGCCAGGGAGUCCAUGGAUCCUCUGGAGAGUACACCUACAGGUCAGAGCACGACCAGCACACCACGCAAGCCGACAGAGGAUGCCAUCGAAGAAAUGAAGAAACGCUUCUUGUCUGGAUCGCCGUCCGUGACACCCACCAAAGCACCGGCUGUUUCCUCUUCCUCCACUGCGCGACGCCGUUCGCGUUCUCGCUCUCGUCCUCGCGUGAGCAUCGGAGAGACGGAGAUCGGUAGUCCUCCAUUGCGUCCACGAACGUUGCGGAAGACUACCUCGACAGCAUCACUGCGCUCUAUUCUCGUCACUCAUAGGACUGGCGAGACAGACUUACUGUCUGAGACAGACCUUGGCACCGAGAGUGAACGCGCUGGUUUCACUUUAAUACCAGACCGCACCGGCGAGUCAACGGUCCCCUUUAGGAUCAAUCGGCAUCGCACGGGCGAUUCUGAGGGGACACAUAUCGUCAGGGACCUGACCGGCGCGACUACAGCAGAUUUCCGUUCUGUGGCCGGUCGAGCUGGUGACUUCACCACCGACGACGACUCUCUUGAUCGGUUCGCGACUAUUAGGCCACAAAAGACUGGCGAUCGUGCUAUGGGAUAUGGCUUUUCGGGGAACGUGGCGACCAUCGUCGAGCCGCUUAGGGUGCAUAAGACUGGAGACAAGGCAAGUCCGGUCGUUCAUAGGCACCGCACGGGAGACCGAACGAUCCGUGCCCAGCAGACGGGGGAUACGAGCAUCUCAAGGCAGACCACAGGCACCCGUGCUUCUGAGGCUGCUACAAUUCGGUCGCCGCGAAGCAGUCUUGGCUCUGCAGACGCAGAGCCGGUGCGUAGGACAUCACGGCCGCCAUUCGCGACAUCGAGUUCGGCGAGUUCGGUUUCGUCCAGGACGGACGGAGAUUACGUCGCCUCGGUCACUACGGAUAUACGCGGUCUCGGGCUUAGCCACAAGUCAGGCAGCUUUUCCACAUCGUCUGUUGCGUCGUCUGGUUAUGAAUCAUCCGUUUCAUCCGCUCCCGACCUGAUGAGCGACUGCUCAGACGCCACAUCCUCUCGUUCCAGCCUCCCUCCCUCCACUCCACCCCCGACAAGCCCUCCAACGUUCGCUAGCUCAGCCAUAGGCUUCUCCGCGUCCUCCGGUACGCAAGAUGCUACUCCUACACGCACGAAGCGGGCACAGACAUUUUCAGCCCUGAUGGGCCUGUCCAUUCCUGAACAGAUCCCGCCCGACGCUCGCUGCGAGAAGUGCCGCCAGCCGCUCUUCAGCACAAAAUUUGGCGGGAAGUUCGUUACGGUGCCCGAAGAGCCGUCGAGCACUGGUGUGCUGCCCAGGCGGUACCACACCGCGUGUUUCACGUGCAGGGUUUGUGGGGAGGUAUUUGAGGAGAAGGAAGGUGGGCAUGCUGUGUUUGUGCGCGUUGAGGAGGGAGCAUGCCAUGUGCAUUGCGCUCCUCCGGAAAAGAUCACACUUCGGAAGACCCAUUCAGGCGGAAUCUUCCAACCAACCAAGAUACCUGCUGUUCCCACUGGGCAGUCUUCUACCCCAAAGCAAGAUACCAGGACGGCGUACUACACCUCAAGUCGUUACGAACGUCCUCCGCUGACUGCCCCGCCUCCCCAGACACCUUUCCCAACGUCUCAGCCACGCUUUGGUGGCUCAACGAUCUGCCCAGGAUGCCAGAAAGCCGUAUCACCCAUGGAACGAGGGGUCGUGCCCGGUCCGCAGGGCUCUAAGUGGCAUGGUGGUUGUCUAAUCUGCGGUGGAGUAGAGGCGAAAGGCCGACGCAAGGGGUCUGGUAAAGCUGGAUGUGGGAAGAAGCUGGACAGUGCAGCAAAGAUGGACGGUGAAGGUGGCGUCUGGUGUCGCGAAUGCAUGCUCCUGCUUCCAUUGUCCCUUCGGCAACCUGCUACCCGUUCACCCACUCUAUCUAUGUCUGCGAGUACGGGCCCCUUCGCCCGCGUCGUACCGCAGACCACAGGCACGACCACCCUCGCUCGCCAAUUUACGGGCAUCAGCGGCGGGAGUGGUGUAACUUCUACCUCCAACGCUGAUGCUGAUUUGCUCAGACAGCUCACUGGCGGGGCUUCCAGUCCCACACGGCAAUUGGGCACAAGCCCGACAAAGCAACACGACGGUCCGCGCCCCGGUCACCGAUAUCCGAGGCCCAAGUCUGUGACAGGCAGCAGGAGUGAGGGCAGGGGCAUGUUCCUCGUCAGACAGCUCACUGGUGGAAGUGGGAGCUUCGCCGGAAACGAGUACGGCUUAUGAACCGGCGCGUAAGAGAAGACAGCGGACAGUAUCACGGACAUUGGCAAUCGAUUAAUACCUCGCUGGAUACCUUGGGCAUGUUCUCGCAGAUCUCUCGCAGGUUCGGAGAUGUGAUGUGGAAUGUAUCGUAUUGUGUAGUAUCUUUAUUGGCAAUGUAUACCUACACUUGCAAGAUUCGCUAAAGACCGGUCCCGAAAUUCACGAUCGCUUUGCUGCGCAGUAUAAGUAGAGAAAGGCUCAAAGAGACGGAGACGUACCCGGCAAUGGCUUGACCUCGUCCAAAAUCUUUGUAGUCCCUUGAACGAUGAUCUCCCAUUCCAUUUUGUGUAACCGCUCCUCGAACGCCUCUAUUGGCUCGCCCCCUUUGAUCUCUACCUCGCGCACAACGACAGGCUCUCCGGCGUCCACUUCACGGACUACGCGGUGUACCAUGCAGCCAGAAUGCUCGAUUUCGCCCUUCUGGAAUGCCUCGUAUGCACGCUCGAUGGCGUGCGCGCCGUCAAAAGCACCAGGAAGGGCGGGAUGGAGGUUGAUCACGGAUAUGGGCUUCUGUACCUUCUUGCCGCCCUCGUAGGGCUGGUCGCCGUUCAGGACGUCCAAGAAAGCCUCGCUCAUGAUAUGCAUCCAGCCCGCGAGAACUACGAUGUCUGGGUUAGCCUGUACGACAAUCUUCGCGACCUCGGCAUCGUAGUCUUCACGCGUCUUGCCGGGGUUGGCCUUCAGAUAUGGCUGGAGGGCAAGGUAGGCAGUGGGGAUGGGCGGAUCUGCCUGCUGUGCGCGCGUGAGGCCAUACGCCGCCUUCCGGUUGGAGAGCACGAGGACGAUCCGGGCGUUGGGGAGCGCAGGGGUGCCGAGAGCAUCGAUGAGGGCUUGCAGGUUUGAACCUUGGGUUGUUUACGGCUGAGACAGGGAGGAGCGCUGCAUGGGAGGGAACCUGCGAUACCUGAGCCGGAGAUGAGGACGACAAUGCGUCUCUGCUCGCUGUCUGCCAUAGGAUGCUCGAUGGUGAGUGCGGCAGCCUAGGCAGUGAGCGAGCUUGGGUCGGGGAACAAAGUUGUG